AUGUGUACUACUUUGGACUUAUGUAGAUGGCCGAUUCUCAGUUCACUAGAAUCGGCGUUUGUCUCGCAAAUUCAUAUGGUUUUUGUAUUCGGUCGACAUGCUCAAGAAGCUUUAAUUAUAACAAGAGAUAAAAUGGUGUAUGGUCUGGGCGACAACAUCGCCGGUUGUUUGGGAAUUGGAAAUACAAACUGCACACUAUUUCCGAAAAAAGUAGAAAUCCUAUGUGGAAAGGAUAUAAAGACAUUUGCAUAUAGUAAUGGACCUAACAUUCUGGCGCUUACAAAAGAGGGAGAAAUAUAUUCCUGGGGUGAGAACAAAUAUGGCGAACUGGGGAAUGGAACGCAUGAUUAGAUUGUCACGCCUACCUUAGUGAACAUACCUAAUCUGGAAAACAGUCCUGGUACGAAACGUAUUGUGGAUAUUGCAUGCGGAGGUUUCCAUUCUGUUGCUUUGACUGAGAUUGGCGAGGUAUAUAUUUGGGGAAUAAAAGAAUACGGACCACAGAAUACCAUUAUAUUAAAUACACCUCCGCAAGUAAUCUCUAGUUUAGCUACGAAGAAAGUUGUCUACUUCUCCUGCGGUGCGACCUUCACCAUGGCAGUCACUGAAAAUGGUGAAGUUUAUAGUUGGGGCAAUAACAAUGUUGGCCAGCUAGGAAUAGGCAAAUGUGAGAACCAAACACUGCCGUAUCAAAUUAGUACACUGAGUGGCAUUGUAAUAGUCAAGGUAGUUUGUGGAACUGAUUAUACGCUAGCGCUCACGAACAAAGGAGACUUAUAUUUAGGUGGAAAUCGUUACAACCAGUUAGCAAUCUGCGGCAAGCAGAUCUCUUAUAAUAAACCAGUCUUAGUCGAACAUCAAAUGGGAAGAGUGUCCGACAUUGCUGCUAUGCAUAACAAAUUCAUAAGCAUCGCCGUUGGUCAAGAUGGGCGUGUUUAUGUGUGGGGUAAAAUAAGUUGCAAUAAGUGCAUCACAAUUCCAUGCAUCACGCCAUUCUCGAAUGUGUACAAUGCUCUUGCGUGUUAUGCGAACGUUAUGCAUGAACCGCUGAUCCUGUAUUCAAACGAAGAGCCGAAUAUAUUGAAACAUCUCGAACUUGCAUUCGACGAUCCUUCGACGAGUGAUCUUAAGAUACAAGUGGAAGGCCAAUAUAUCCACGUGCAUAAAGCUAUCUUGAAAAUUCGUUCUACGUACUUCAAAAUUAUGUUUCAGCACAAUUGGGCGGAAAACAAUCAGAAUGUUAUCGAGCAUGAUCAAUUUUCUUAUGUGGUCUACAAAGCCUUCCUGAAGUAUUUGUACACGGAUGUGAUCGAUUUAUCCCAGGAAAACACGUUAGAACUUUUAGCUCUGGCUAAUGCCUACUGUGAGAACAAUCUCAAGAAGUAUUGCAUUCAGAUGAUAAAGCAAAGAAUUAUGAUAUCGAAUGCCGCGUUCUUGUAUAGCAUCACAUUCAAAUACAAGGAGGAGGAACUAGAGGAAUUAUGCUUUAAAUUCGCCAUGAAUCACUUGACGGCUGUGACACAAACAGAAAAUUUCGCCAAUUUGGACCAUAAUGUGAUGAAAACUUUAAUAAUUAAGGCAAGCAAGGUUGGUAGUUUUGAGAUUAUGCGCAAUAUGUGCAUCCAAUGCAUUUCGGACCUACGUAAUUGGCCGAUUUUUAGUUCACUGGAAUCGGAUUUCAGUUCGCAGAUUCAUAUGGUUUUGGUAUACGGUGAAAUGGGUAGAGAGACCUUGAUGGUGAUGAGGAAUAAAAUGGUGUACGCCAUGGGUAACAACGUCAAUGGUUGUUUGGGAAUAGGGAGCACAAACUCCACAUUGUGUCCAAGGAAGGUGGAGGCUCUUUGCAAGAAGAAUAUUAAGACAUUUGCUUAUGGCAAUGGAUCUCACGUUCUCGCACUUACAAAAGAAGGAGAAGUAUAUUCAUGGGGUUCCAAUAGUUAUGGCGAACUGGGACAUGGAACGUAUGAUUCAGUUCUCACGCCUACUUUAGUGCCUACUCUGGGAAGUUUUGUGGGUUUUUUGCGCAUCGUGGACAUUGCGUGUGGGAGUCACCAUUCUGUUGCUUUGACUGAGUUUGGCGAUGUAUACGUUUGGGGACAAAAUAAAUUUGGACAAGUAGGUAACUAUAAUAACAUUAAUCAAAGCACACCUAGGCUGGUGGAUUCUAGUUUGGCUAGGAAGAAGGUUGUCUGCAUCUCUUGUGGUAAUGCCUUUACUGUGGCAGUCGUCAAAAAUGGCGAGGUGUUUGCUUGGGGUAAUAAUUGCAAUGGCCAACUGGGUGUAGGUGAUAACGAAGAUCGAAUGACGCCUUGCCAGCUUGAUUUAUUGAAAGGCAUUGUAAUAGUCAAAGUGGCUUGUGGAUUCGAGCACACGCUGGCGCUUACGGAUGAAGGAAAUCUCUAUUCCUGGGGUGGAAACGAUUAUGGCCAAUUGGGCUUUGAUGAGAAAGAGAUCUAUGAACCAGUCAUGUUAUACUAUACUCAGAAGAUCGAGCAUAAAAUGGGAAAAGUAUUCGACAUCGCGGCUGUGAAUUGUAAAAACAUAAGCAUCGCCAUAGGCGAGGGAGGAUGUGUUUACAUAUGGGGUAACUGCCGCGGUCAGAAAAUCACAAUUCCAACUGCUACUACGUUUUCGAACAUGUAUGACGCUCUUGCAUGUUAUGGAUCGCCGAGCGUUAUGCAUAAACCUCUAAUUCUUUACAGCGAUGAAGAACCAAGUAUAUUGGAGUGCUUGGGAAAUUCAUUCGAUGACGAACAUACAAGUGAUCUCACAAUACAAGUGGAAGAUCAAAGUAUCUUUGUGCAUAAAGCUAUUUUGAAGAUCCGCUGUUCGUAUUUUAGAAACAUGUUUCAACAUGAUUGGGCGGAAAACAAUCAAAGUGUUAUCAAGCUUGAUCAAUUUUCCUAUGUCGUCUACAAAGCCUUCCUGAAAUACUUAUACACUGGCAUGAUCAAUUUAUCUGUGGAGAAGGCGAUAGAACUUUUGAAACUAGCUGAUUCUUACUGUGAGAGCAAUCUCAAGAAGCACUGCAUUCGGAUAAUAAAGCAAGGAAUUAGCGUGUCGAACGUUGCUUACUUGUAUAGCGUUGCAGUUCAAUACUACGAGGAAGAACUGGAAGAAUUUUGCGUUAAGUUCGCUAUUAAUCACAUGACGGCUGUGACGCAGAUGGAAAGUUUUGCAAAUUUGGAUGAAAAUACACUAAGAACUUUUAUAAUUAAGACAAGCAAGGCUGGUGUAUUUAAAAUGUAA